GAUAGCUGUCAAACGACAAAUACCGGUUGUUUUCUUGUUUGGUAUAAACAAAAUGCACAGCUUCUGAUCAAUAAAAUCAUAAUCGGUGGUAAUAAUCGAAAUGUUCGUAAAGCCACGGCUAGAGUUCAGCAAUAAAAUCGGCACAAACAUUCCCUCUACGAACUCCGAUCAAGAUGUCGUUACGGGAAGAUGCUAUCCAAAUGUACAAAACAAUAAUGGCCAACAGCAUGAAUUAAAUACCUCACCUACCGCUAGCUGCACUACCCAGAAAUCAUCGAAAAAGAAAGAAGCGGACCAAAACAGACAUGCAAAGAAAAAGUAUGGCUGUGGAGAUUGUGGGCUGGUGCGGUACGAUACGGUGCAGGAAAUUAAGCAGCACAUGAUGGUGGAGCAUGGCUACGUGAGCCAGAAGCGAAUAACGUACCCAGAAACGGAGACCAACGAACCGGAAAUUGAUGAGGCGUCGCAAGAUUCCAAUGAAAAAUCUAGCCCUUCAAUGAAGCAGCAACCCGCACACGGUCCGUCCUGUGACGAUGAACAGCGAGCUAAAAGCAACUCCCAGUCCCCAGAGGAACCGCUAACGAGGACCAGGAAAAGAAAACUGCAACUAGAACAAAGUCCUGCAAGCGAUGAAGAGGAAGAGAAGGAUGACUUCCUGAAGACGGUCACGCUGAAAUCGCUGACCGAAAAGUUCCAGUACGAAAAGCCCCACAAGUGCUCGCGCAAAGGAUGCCAGUACAAGUUCGCAUCGUUUGAAGUGCGUGACCAGCAUUUGCGCUGCCAUGCGGAAAAUGAUUCCACGCCGGAUCCAGCGGCCGACGGGAGCGACAAGAAAGCGACCGUGCCGCGGAAACGCUUCAGCUUCAAGUGUAGCCAGUGCGAUGGCAAGUUCGAUGCGUGGAAACCCUGCCUCAUGCACCUUUGGCGCGAGCAUCAGAUCGAUCUCGGCAUGCUGCGGUGUCCGGUGUGCGAGAAGCGCUUCGUUUACACCGUGCACGUGUUUAAGCAUCUGCAAACGCACCGGCUGAACGAUGCGCACGAUGUGGCGUGCCGGGUGUGUGGCAAGAAGUUUGUCAACACCUCGCAACGCUCGGUACACGAGGCGCUGCACCGGGCGAAGGAACCGUACGGCGACGAGGACGAGCUGCUGCAGGAUGCGGUGGAGAAACCGCGCUGGUACGCGGAGCGGCGCUGCGACAUCUGCAAGCACAUGUUCUCCAACUCCAAGAUACUGUCCAAGCACAUCAAGACGGUGCACCUGCAGAUCAAACCGUUCGUGUGCAACGUGUGCGGGUACAAGUGCGCCCGGAAGGCAACGCUUAAUAUUCACAUCCGGCAGCAUUCGGGGCUGAAGCCGCUGACCUGCAAAAGCUGCCCGUUCCGAACGGCGGAUCCAAGCGCCCUCAGCUACCACGAACGGCGCCACCAGAACAACAAGGCGUACCAGUGCAAAACGUGCGGGCUGCGGCUCGUGCAGCCGAAUGCACUGCGCGGCCACAUCCAGACGCAGCACCCGCAGGAGUAUCUGCGCAUGAAGUGUACGCUGUGCGAUUACGCAUCGAUCAAUGCGCAGAACUUGAAACGGCACCAAGCGAACCAUAAGGCGGGUUUGAUUAAGACGCACGACGAAGACUCGCAGCCGGAGCCGGGCAACGAGCGGGGUGGGAAUCAUCGUGCGGUGCAUGGUCUGCAUGGGUUGGGCGUGUCGGGUGGCUUGGGACGUCAUCCGGAAAAUGCGCCAGAAAUUUCGUCCGAUUGCUUUCUGCCGCUCGAGAGCGUUGAUUCGGUGGUGCACGAUACGGGCGGCAUUACGAUACCGGCUGCGGUGGUCUCUUUGCCGGCGGCACUGUCCGAGGAAACGCAGUUCCCAAUCUAGGAAUUGUUGGAGUAGGUCACGUUCAAGUAAGUAGGGUUUAUGUAGCCCAUAGGGUUCGUUACGAAGGGAAUGGAUCAGAAGCGUUCUACCAAUGUCAACGUUAAGUACAUAAUAACACGAAUAAAUAGUUCAGUUUACAAAUGACGUAGUUUACCCGUA